AGAUUCAUGGGAAGAGGAAGGGAGUGAGUGUUUCCGUCCAUUCCGUCUGAGAGAAUUUCCUUUAAAUCUUCCUUCGAUAUGUCGAAAGCGAGCCAGUCGACGAAAUUUAGGGGCGUAGAUGUAGAUGAGUUGGAUGAAAACACAUUUCAAGACGAUGGAGAUGAAGAUUCAGGUCAAAGCGGACCGGAUGAGGGAGAAGUCAGCAACUUGCUCAUGCAGAAGAAAAAUGCAGAAGCCCUUAAAGCUGCCUUGACGAAUGCACCUAUCAUGUCGAAAAACCAAGCGACGAAGGAUAAAGCAUUUGGAAUAGUGCUACGUGUUCUAAUGGCUGUGAAGGCCGCUGAAGUGGACAAAUGUGUUAAAAUCUUGGACAAGAAUGAGCAGGAUGUGUUGAUGAAGUAUGUUUACAGAGGUUUUGCUGAGCCUUCAGAGGGAUCCAGUGCUGUGUUGCUUACAUGGCAUGAAAAGCUUUUGGCAGUGACUGGUCUUGGUUCCAUUGUUCGUGUUUUAACUGACAGAAAAACUGUUUAGGCUGUCACUGUUUUUUAGGCAAAGGAAAAAACAGUAUCAUGUAAAAUAUGAUUUAUUAAGACUUCUUAGAUUUGAGGAAAAUCCAACCCAAUUGUCUCUGACAUAUGAAAGGCAAUUAAAUUAACCUGUUAGUAACAUUAACAUUUUGACCAAUCUCUUUAACUGUUUCUUUGACAUCACCUAAAGUUUGAAUUCCACCAAUUAUUUACAAUCUGUCUUGAAAAGAUCCGAUGAAUCUCCAAAUGGAUUGUUUGUACUCUUAGUGUCAUAGUUUUGUAUGAAAUGAUGCUGGUUUGAUCUUGUCCAGUUUCUUUUUCAUUGUUAGACUAAACAAAGCAGUGUUUCAUAGUUGUUAGCCAAUUAAUUGCCUUUUUAACUUUGUUGGGUCUAUUUCUGUGAAAAACUUGUGAAUAACUGGAUUUUUUACAAAUGGGACUGUGUAACAACCUUUAAAAAAUGAAUAAAAUUUUGUUUAAAAUAA